AUGUUCUACCUAUUGAUCAUUGUGAUCUAUUUUAAUCAUCACCUGCUGUUACAUACAACAUCAGCAUCAUCAUUAUUAUUUACACUUGAUAAUGUACGAUAUUCAUUAUCAGAUCGUGUAUUAACAAUACCUAAAUUAGGUGCUCUUCGUGGUAUACAUAUUGAUUAUGAGAAUGAAUAUUAUAAAAAAUAUAAUCUUGUAAAUAUUGAAGCAUUUCUUGGUUUACAAUAUGGUUUAUAUCAUGGAAGAUUUGAACCAUCAAAAGAACGUUUUGAAUUACAUCCAACAACAAAAGUUAAUAAACAAAUAUAUUUUGGACCUGCUUGUGCACAAUAUAUAUGGACAAAUCAAAGUGAAUUAAUACGUAUACGUACAGAAAAUUUUGCUAAACAAUAUUAUCCAAAAUUAUUAAAAUAUAUACAAAAACAAAAUGAACAACAAUGUCUUUAUAUGAAUAUUUAUCAACCACAAAUCAAAAAUUUAAAAGAACCACUUCCAGUGCUUCUCUUUAUUCAUGGUGAUGGUUAUGACAUCGGUACGGGUGCAGCUUUUGAUGGAGCUAUAUUUGCUAGUUAUACGAAAGCAAUUGUUGUUACAAUCAACUAUCGACUUGGCCCUUUCGGUUUUCUUUAUCUAUCACGUGAGAAUAAAGGUGAUUAUGCAUUACAUGAUAUAUAUACAUCAUUACAUUGGCUAAAAAAUUAUGUGACAAAUUUUAAUGGUGAUCCAGAUCGAAUUACAUUAUAUGGAACAGGAUCAGGAGCUGUAUUGGCUAGUCUUGUUGUUAUGCUUGAAACUGUCAAUGGUGGUACAGGAACAAUAAAACGACGUAAAUCUUUAGUUCAUCGUCUUAUAUUAAAUGAUCAAACAUUUCUUUCUCCAUAUAUGACAUCAAUUGUAAAUGAAAUUUCAUCAUAUCAACGAGAUAUUUUAUCAGAUUUAUCAUGUUCAACAUUAUUAUGUUUACGUAAUGAAAGUUUAAUAAAAACAAAAGAUUUAUUAGAAUUAAAUACAUAUUCAAAAAAUUAUGGAUAUAUAAAUUAUAUUAAACCAUUAGAAUAUCCAUUUCCAUUUUUUAAUUCUUUUCUUGAUACAAAAAUUGAUCAUAUAAAUUCAUUACGCAUGAAAUUUUAUCAUCAAUCAAAUACACUUUUACCAGAAAAUCUUCAUAUUUUAUUAACAAUAUCAUCAUCAAUUAAUCAUUCAUUAUUUCAAGAAAUUAAUAUCAAUAAUAAUAAUAAUAGAAAUAAUAUUAUUGAAGAUUUAAUUAAUUAUGCAUAUACAAAAUGGAAUAUAAAAACUAAUGAAUAUUAUUUUGAUAAAUAUUUAUUUAAUUAUCAUCAACAAAUUCUAGGACCAUUACUUAAAUAUUCUAAAUAUGUUUCAAAUGAUCGAAAUAUUCAUAUAUUAGAAAGAUAUUCAAAUAAAUAUCAAUCUGAAUUACCUUAUACAUUUGGAUAUGUUUUAGCACCAUCAAUGAGUGUUUUUAAUGAUACAUAUUUAAAUGCAGAUGAAAAUGAACGAAUUGAAAGUAUGAAAAGUAUGGAUUUAUUUGCUAAUUUAAUACAUAAUGGAGAUAUUAAUAUAAAAUCACCUUAUCAUCAAAAUAUACAAUAUGAAUCAAUCGAAAAAUGGCAUCCAGUUUUUCCAGAAUUUAAUUUUAUACUUCUUAAAAAUGGUAAUUUAAGUCAAGUUCGUGGUUAUCAUGCUGAAGUUCAUUAUCUUUUUAAUAAUAUAAUUGUAAAUCAUAGUGAAAAUUCAUUUGAUAUUAAUUUAUUAAAUACUUGGAAAACUCUAUAUGAUGUAUCUCAUAAAAAAAAUCAAUCAACAAAUAUUUAUUCAUCAUUAUUAACAAGACAAUUUUCACCAUUAUUUGAUUCAAAUAAUAAUAAUAAUAAUAUUAAUAAUCAAAAAUAUAUAUUUAUUCUUGCUUUAAGUACUUUUAUAUUAUUAAUAGUUAAUUUAUGUAUAUGUAUUAUUUUAUCAAGACGUGGACAAGGUUGUAGAAAACGUGAAUAUAAUUGUCUUAAUGAUCAUAAACAAUUAAAUCUUGUUAAUCAAUCUGAACAACAUAAACAUCAACAACGACAUGGUGGUUCAUCACCAUCAAGUACAAAUAGUAAUGGUACAAUAACAAUUGAUUCAACACAACAAUUAAUUGUUAAUACAAAUUCAAAUGAACAAGAACAUCAUUCAUCAUCACCAUUAUCAUCAUUAUUAUGUACAACAAAUAGUAGUAUUAAUAGUACAUCACCUAUUGAUGUAUUACAUCCAAUAAAUAUAACAAAAAAAAAUGGAAUAUUAAAAUGUUCAUCAAUAAAAAAAACUAGUGUACUUGUUGUAGCAUCAUCUUUACCUGAAGCUAUUGUAUAA